UUGAAUUAGGGUUUUCUCUUUGUUCUUAUCUUAUAAUUUUUUUCUGCAGCCACAAUUUUUUUUCUCUCUCCAUAGAUCUGAAAAGAAAAAAAGUUCAUUCACUUGAGCAGAUCUAGAGGGCUAAACACCCACUUACUACCUCAGGUUGUACCCGGAAAAUACCCCUAAGAAGCAAGAUAGCCUUAUUAUAGGUUCAAUCUAGUGCUGAUAUCAUGGGGAAGGAGGAUCAAUUGCCUUUCAAAGUUGGGCAAUCCGCUGAAGCACAAUCUUUUGAGAAUGGAUUUCGUGGGGCAUGGUUUCGAUGUAAGAUACAGAAGAUUAGCUGCAGAAAAGGACAUUGGAAUGCCCUGUUGGAGUACUUCGAUUAUCCAGAUGAAAAACUGACUUGGACCAAGCUGUAUCAAAAUCCCCCAUAUAAUGUCGGGAAGUUGAAGGAGAAAACACAACUAAUGCUGCGACCGCAGUAUCCUUUAGUCAAGGUCAAAAAUGAAGUAUCAAAUGUCAGUUCAAUUUCUGAAGCUACAGUAGUUGUUGAUGGUAAUUGGCAGGCAGGUGAUUUGGUUGAUUGGUGGGCUAAUGGCUGUUAUUGGUCUGGACAUCUGACAAAGUUACUUGGCAACAAUGAAGCUGAGUUGGCAUUGACACCACCUCCUGUGGGUGAAGGUGCACUUUAUGAAGUUUCUUUCAAGGAUUUGCGUCCAUCCUUAGAAUGGUCUCCAGAUUUUGGUUGGACUGUGCCUACAUCCCAGGAUGGUGUACGUCGAUGUGCUCAACUAAUUCAACCUGUCAACCGAGUGUUACAUUCUAUGAGUAAAGGGAGAACUGGAUAUUCAUCAGAUCUCUCUUUCUCUACUCAUUCAACUGCAAACUUGUCGCCUGCCUCGGAUGAUACAGACUUAGCAGAACGACCCCCGAUCAUAGAUCUCCCUAAGGAGGCAGCUGUGAACACAUUGAAGAAAGUGAGGCGGUCAGACAUUUGUUCUAGUUCCCAUACUGCAGAUGAAUCGACAAAGGAAUCCUUUUUUUCAGAUAAAGGUUCUGGUUCGUGUACUGGAGUUGAUCUAGCAAACACCACCGCUGGGCCAACUGAAAACGUUAGCUAUUCAAGUUGUCCUUUGAAGAAGUUCAGAACCAGUGAUGGAGUUCAGUUACAUUCAACUGGUUCUGACACGACAGAGGCAGCGAUAUUGGAUUUGGAGGAACUUGUGAACAAAAUUAAAUGGCUGAAGGGACUGCUCGAGUUAGGAAAACCCAUGUCUAAUGUUGCCAUACCUUCAUGGAAGUUCGUGGAACAUAAUGCAUCAUUUGGAAAUAAAUGAUGGAUGGUUUCAAAAUAUCGAAAUGUCAUCUGGUGGCUCUUGAAAAAAAUGAGGUAUAAAGCUUCUACGUGUAUUGCUCAUUCGGUGCAGGUUUUAUACACCUUCCAUAGUUUAGGAAGCUGCUUGACGUGAAAUUUGGAUGCAUCCCAUGUUAAGGUUUCAAGUCUCGUUGCGAUGAUGCAAAGGCUAGUGCCUUGCCAGCAACACUUAAACCGGUAUUCUGGCUUCACUAGGGUAUGAUUUGGAGAUGCUCCGAAGAGCAUGUAGCAUAUGCUUUCGUUUAGUCGACAAUAUGCAUCGACUAAAGUAUCCAUGUUCAAUUGGCUCAACUGCUUACUGCAACAUUUUGUUAAAAAAGAAAGCUUGUAUAGAGAAGUUUGAAGUGGAGAUGGCAAUACUGGAUCUCUUUCAUUUGAAGCCCUGUGAUUGAAGGCUGUUUUCAAAUUUUUAUAUUGAUAACAGUACUGGUCUACAAGAAAUUUUUGACCCUUCUUUUAUACUUCGACACAGGAUUAUCAUCGAGGAGUUUUGGUAAGUAAUGAAUACACACAUGAACAAGUCAAGUAUCCAAUAAUUUUAAUUUUAACCAACAAAUAACAUAGUGUGAUGUUCUAAAUAGGGUCGGUUUGAAGAGAUAUAGAAUAAAAUUUAUCUG